AUGAGUGUCCGUCUUCAGACCUCAUCUUCCAAUUAUGGAAGUGGUUUUGGUAGUGGCUCUUGCCAGUUGGGAGGAGGUCGGGGUGUGUCUAGCUGUUCCUCUAGGUUUGUGUCCUCUGGGUCAGUGGGGGGCUAUGGUGGUGGAAUAAGCUGUGGCUUUGGUGGAGGAGCUAGUAGUGGUUUUGGUGGGGGCUUUGGUGGUGGUGCUGGAGGUGGAUAUGGAGGAGGCUUCGGAGGGAGCUUUGGAGGUGCCUUUGGUGGCGGCUUUGACUUGGGUGGUGGAGAUGGUGGCCUCUUGACUGGCAAUGAGAAGAUCACCAUGCAGAACCUCAAUGACCGCCUGGCCUCCUACCUGGACAAAGUGCGGGCUCUAGAAGAGGCCAAUGCUGACCUGGAGGUCAAGAUCCGGGACUGGCACCUAAAGCAAAGCCCCACAAGCCCUGAGCGGGAUUACAGCCCCUAUUACAAGACCAUUGAAGACCUCCGGGAAAAGAUCCUGGCAGCCACGAUUGACAACUCUCGGAUCAUUCUGGAGAUUGACAAUGCCAGGUUGGCUGCUGAUGACUUCAGGCUCAAGUAUGAGAAUGAACUGGGCCUGCGCCAGAGUGUGGAGGCUGAUAUCAAUGGCUUGCGCAGGGUGCUGGAUGAGCUGACCCUGUCCAAGGCUGACCUGGAGAUGCAGAUUGAGAGCUUAAAUGAGGAACUGGCCUACCUCAAGAAGAACCAUGAGGAGGAAAUGAAGGAAUACAGCAACCAGGUGGUGGGCCAGGUCAACGUGGAGAUGGAUGCUACCCCUGGCAUUGACCUGACCCGUACACUGGCUGAAAUGAGAGAGCAGUAUGAGGCUUUGGCAGAGAAGAACCGCCGGGAUGCCGAGGCCUGGUUCCAACAGAAGAGUGAAGAGCUAAACAGGGAGGUCACUACUAGCACUGAAAUGAUCCAGACCAGCAAGACCGAGAUAACAGAACUGAGACGCACGCUCCAGGGGCUGGAGAUCGAGCUUCAGUCUCAGCUCAGCAUGAAAGCCGGGCUGGAGUCUACUGUGGCAGAGACGGAGUGUCGCUAUGCCAUGCAACUGCAACAAAUCCAGGGGCUAAUCAGCAGCAUCGAGGCCCAGCUGAGCGAUCUCCGUAGUGAGAUGGAAUGCCAGAACCAGGAAUACAAGAUGCUCUUGGACAUCAAGACCCGGCUGGAGCAGGAGAUCGCCACAUACCGCAGCCUGCUGGAGGGCCAAGACUCCAAGAUGACUGGCUUCCCCACCUCUGGAUCAGUCUCUGUCAGCAGCAGCAGCAGCACUAGCGUUUCUUCCGGGGGCCGCCGGGUUUCGGAGACCCGAAAGCCAUAA